UAUUCCACUCUUUAUUUUCUUUUCUGGUCCGCCUCUCUUUCUCUCUCAGUUCUCUCUCUUUCUCUGUGCACAAAAUUUACAUCCCCAAACCCAAACCCUAGGCUUCUCUAAAUUUAGUUCCAUUUCUUUUUUUUUUUUUUAAAUUCAAGAAGGAAAAUUAAAAAAAUAACAAGAUUUUGUAGAUUUGAAUUAUCAUUUUUGUUUGCUGUUGCUGUCGGAGAGAGAGUUGAGGAGAUGGCUGCGACAUCAACGACGACGAGCACGGUGUAUAUCCACGUAAUCGAAGACGUGGUUAACAAGGUCCGCGAUGAGUUUAUCAAUAACGGUCCUGGUGAGACUGUCCUCAAUGAACUCCAAGCAAUUUGGGAAUUGAAGAUGAUGCAAGCGGGAGUGAUAUGCGGUCCUAUAGAGAGGUCGUCAGGUGCUAAGACUGUACCUGGUGGUGUAAUUACUCCGGUACACGAUCUUAAUGUACCAUAUGAAGGAACUGAGGAGUAUGAGACUCCUACUGCUGAGAUACUCUUCCCUCCUACACCACUGCAAACCCCGCUUCAGACACCACUGCCAGGAAGUGCACAGACACCUUUGCCUGGAACUGCACAGACACCUUUACCUGGAAGUGUGGACAAUUCUUCUAUGUAUAACAUUCCUACUGGACCUACUAGUGAGUAUCCCACCCCUGUAAGUGAUACUGGAGGUAGUACUGAAGCUAAAGCUGGGAGGCCUAGUCCUUACAUGCAACCUCCUUCUCCUUGGAUAAAUCAAAGGCCACCUCUUGAUGUUAACAUUGCUUAUGUGGAAGGGAGGGAGGAGGCUGAUAGAGGAACCUCUAAUCAACCCCUGACACAGGACUUCUUUACUGGGGCUUCUGGAAAGCGCAAGCGUGAAGAUUUUACUGCACAAUAUAACAAUGGUGGAUUUAUACCCCAGCAGGAUGGAGCUGGUGACACGCCCUUUGAGGUUUUACAGGGAAGCCAAGGGAAUGAUGUCCAUGACAGAAGGGAUACAGUCAUAAGUGCAGAUAUUGAGAUCCUAUCGAGCGUGACAAGGCGAGGCUUGAAAAUUCCUCAAUUGGAUGGGCCCAUUCCUGAUCCUUAUGAUGAUGUGCUUUCAACUCCCAAUAUAUACAAUUAUCAAGGAGUUGCGAAUGAAGAUUACAACAUUGCAAAUACACCAGCUCCAAAUGAUCUUCAGGCAAGCACUCCUGCUAUUGUCCCUCAAAAUGAUGUGGUAGAUGAUGAUGAUGAUGAGCCACUGAAUGAAGAUGAUGACGAUGAUGACGAUUUGGAUGAUGUGGACCAAGGGGAGGAUAUGAACACACAGCAUUUGGUUUUGGCUCAAUUUGAUAAGGUGACUCGUACCAAGAGCAGGUGGAAGUGCACUCUCAAGGAUGGCAUCAUGCACAUAAACAACAAGGACAUUCUCUUUAAUAAGGCAACAGGAGAAUUUGACUUCUGAUUUUGUUAGAGAAAUAUAUCUCUUUGCCAUCAACUAUAGAAUUUGGCACUAAACUAGCAAAUUAUGAGGUGUCAAUGGGUGUUCCAUUAAUUUCUUUAAUCGCUGUUAAGUGAGCUCGGGGAAGUGAGUGAGAUGCUUUUGAUUUAAUGUCUGCUGGACUGGGUUAAACGGUUGGCCUAUUGUAUAUAAAGGAAGAGCUUUUUCCAGCUUUAUAAUGGAUGGCAACUUCAGGAGUCUCUUUUUAAGUUUACCAUUCCUUUCAAUGAAAUUUGUAAUUCUAUCUUCAUACUAUACACUUGGACAUAAUUUAGGAAUGAAAUUGUUUUUUUGAUGCUUA